AUGACAAAAGUGACAAAACUCCAAAAACCAUUUGCAAUUCUUACUGUAGGUUUGGCAGUUGCCGAUGGUGUGUUUUCAACAUUGUAUUUGUUUUAUGCUACUCCAAUGGUCUUUCUCCGGAACCAAUUCAUGACCACCUGGUCCCAUGUAUGCGGAUAUAUCCUAAUGAUCUGUUAUGAUUCUUCCACUUGUUUUCAUUUCUUGAUAUCUCUCAACCGUUUCUUAGCAGUUUAUACACCUGUAUUCUACCAUCAAGUGUUCAGUAUCAGAUUUACAAAAUAUAUUGUUCUUGGAACUUAUCUUUUAUCAUUUUCGGUUAUUACACUAUUCUUUCAGAUUUUGGGAUGUGAAAAUUAUUACAAUCCCGAACUCCGCGCAUUUCAAUAUUCCGAUGAAGCGAUUUGUAAAUUCUAUGGGGAAUUUGGAGACUUUUAUCAAGUAUUCACAUUGACACUUACCAGUACGAUUUUGGAUUUUCUAGCUAUUUCAAAAGUCGUCAAAAUCAGAUCGGGUGCUGAUAGAAACUCAAAAGAGUUAAAUUUAUUGAAACAGUCCAUAAGUCAAACACUUUUUGUAUUGGUAACAGUUUGUUCCUUCACUUGGGGACUUCGUUUGUUUCCUGAUCCAGACUACACAUUUGUAUUUUCAUCUAUUCUGUGGUCAUCUGUACAUUUUUUUGAUGGAUUUUUCACAAUAAUUUUCAAUUCUGAUAUUCGAAAGAAAGUUAAACCAGAAAAUCUUUCAAAACUAUUUUGCUCGUCUGUAGGAUUCAUCACAAACUGGAUGAUUGUGGUGCUCAUUUAUCAGACAACAAAACUAAAACAACCGUUUGCAAUUCUUACUGUAGCCCUUGCAGUUAUAGAUGCCACAUUUUCAACUCUCUACUUGUUUUAUGCGACCCCAAUGGUUUUGUUCAACAUUUCAAUUCUCGAAUCCUAUUCUGCCGUAUGUGGUUUUGUUUUGAUGUUAUGUUACAAUGCCGGAACAAUUAUCCAUUUUGUUAUUUCCCUUAACCGAUUUCUAGCUGUUUUCACGCCUAUUUUGUAUCAUAAAAUAUUUAAUGUUUUGUUCACCAAGUACAUCACUCUAUGUGUUUUAAUCUACACUUGCAUUAUUAUCACCUUGUUUUUCGGAAUACUGGGAUGUGAAAACUACUACAAUCCAGCAGUGGUUGCUUUUAGCUAUUCAAGACAACCAAUUUGUUCAGUUUUUGCAUUUUACGGAGAUUUUUGUGAGGUUCUUAUUCUUACUGUAGUCGGUGCUGCUAUGGAUUUGAUCACGAUCUGGAAGGUUCUAAAAAUGCGAAUUAGAACAGAACGCGGCCAGAAAGAUCUGAAUUUUUUGAAACAAUCUUUGAGCCAAACAUUUUUCGUUCUCACAAUUGUGGUCUGUUUCACAUGGGGUCCAAAAUUGACGACUGGAACCGAUGUGACAUUUUUGUUCUCUUCUAUUCUUUGGUCUGCAGUUCAUUGUUUUGACGGAGUAUUCACCCUAAUUUUUAACGGAGAAGUUCGACAGAAACUGAAAACUGGAUCUCAAGUUCGAUCUUCUUUUGUCAGUGGGGCAAAAAGUUUCUUCUAG